AUGAAAAUGGAGAGAAGUCUCUAUCUAAAUGGCAAACCAUUGAUAAAUCCUCCAUUGACUAUUGAAGAACAAUUGAAUGAAAGACUUGAUAGAACAGGAUACAAAAUUGAUGAUUUGAAUAGAUUGAAUGAAAGGCCAGUUUUACAAAUUGUACUUAUUCAAUAUAUGGACUAGAUAGAUCUUGAUGGUCUUACUUCUGGUUACUUGAACAACAAUCCCGUAUUUUAGAUGUUGAAGCAGGAAAUAAUGAAUUGGAAUGAAAAGGUGACACUUCAUAGAGCUGAACAAAUCAAAUUAUCAGAUCCAUUAGUUUCUGACAAUCUUUAUAGAUAACUCAAGAAUUCCCUACUAGAAGUAGUGAGUACAAGGAACAAAAUAUAAUAAUAAGCUUUCUUAAACAAAGUAUCCAAUUGGUUCUUCUCUUAAUUACCAAAAUCUUAAACUGCAUCAUUGAAACAAUCUCUACUGGAGAAAAAAGACACUGUAUUUUAUUUAUCACUAUUAAAGACUCUUCACUUUAUUCCUAAUACAUACAGUGAAAAUUUCUAUGCCUCUGGAAUCGAAGAUUACACACUUAAAUUUCGAUCAGUCCAUCCAGAAUUCGAUCCUCCAGAAGAUAGAGUUAAAACCUAUCAAAGAAAAAACCUAUUAUCAGAUACUAGUACUCGUCCUGGAACAACACCAGGAGUCUUAGGAAUUUCGCAAUUUACAAGACCUUAAACUUCUUAAACUACUUAUAAAAUGAUUGAUCAAAUCGAAAAACUCUAAAGACCAAAAACUAACUAAUUACAUACGAUUCCAAAAUAAUAAUAAUCUUGGAUGUACGAUCCGAAUUUUCCAGUCUUAUAACCUAAUGAUGAUUAACAACAACAGUCUACCAGAAGAUAGAUAUAAAGGGAAGAGUCUCCUUUAAAAGCUGACAAACCAACUGAUAGAGAUAAAUUAGAGUAAAUUGAAGGCAUAGAACAAGAACAAGAGGAGGAUGAAGAUUAAUCACCAGACAAAUUAGAAGAAUCAAACAAAAAUUUAGCAUCUUAACAAGAUAUCUCACCAGUAAAAAAAGGUAAAAAAGGAAGAGCUGAUAAAUAUAUUAGUAUUGCUCCUUCAAAUAAAACCUAUAAAACUGAUUUUGAGACCUAAAAUGCCUAUUCAGUUGGAUAGCAGGGUAGAUUAGGAGAAUUUUAAGGUACAUUUCAAAAUUAUGAUCCUACUCAAAUUGAAGAUAAAAUGGUAGCAGCUAGGCUUAAUUAAUAUUAUACUGAAUAAAGAGUUAAAGAAGUCAAAGAAUAGAGGGAAGAUAUUGAAAUGGUUUAAUCAAUGAGAAACUGGGCAACUAAUAAAAGUAGAGUUGACGAAAUGGUACUUCAAUCUGAAUAUGUAUUUAUAAUCUAUAAUCUUUAUUAGUUAACUGCAAUGGGAUCACAAUUUUCGAAUGUUGGAAUUAAAAUUUCUGAUUUGUAUGAAUCUAAAAAAAUGGAUUUGGCAGAAGAAAAAGCUUAUGCCAACUAUCUUAAAAGAUCCUCUCUACCAAAAGCGAGAAUGGUACAGAGUGCUGUACCCAUGGCAAAGGUAGUUUAAAACACUGUCAUUCCAACUUAAGUGGAAGAAGAGCCAGAAGAUUUUUAAAGCAAAUAAGCAGAUCUUGAAAAAUAAAUUAAUUCAUAAAGACUUCGCUUGUUGAAGAUGUCUAGAGGAUCUUGUCUACCAGGUGGACUUAUGAAUAAUCCUAAUGAAGAAACCAUUUAAAGUAAUAGGGUGAUGUCUUCUAGUUGCUUUAAAAGUGCUUAACCUAGAAGACAAUUUAGUUCAAUUUUAAAAACACAUAGUAUUAAGUAGGAAAUGGACUCUUAAGUAAAAAUAAUUCUAUUAAAUUUAUUUAGAUUGGAGAAAUUAAACAAUUAAAAAAUAGAUUAGCGUCUGCUAAUAAAUUUGUUCCAAUUAAUAUUCUUUAAAAAUCUAUCAUGAUACCUUAAGGACAUGCAAAUCCGUAUAAAGUACCUCUACCAAAGCCAGGAAUUCUCUUAGCGAACGUUCCAGUUGAUUCAAAAUAAAGAAAAGGUAAAAAAAAGAAAACAUAAAAAUGA